AUGACUACUGAGGAAUCCAACAAAGACGAAAAGUUCUUCCCACGGGCAGGACUUGCACAAGAUGGAUGGUCUACCGAAGACGAAGCGACAGCGACAUGCUACUGUGGUGCAGUUCAGCUGGUCUUGCCUUUGAAAAAGCCUGGCUUCGUUUUCUCAUUCGUUUGCCACUGCAGUGACUGUCGCAAGAUCACGGCUUCAAUGUUCACCACUGGCAUCGUUGUUCUCGACACAAACUUGAAGCAUGUCCGCGGUGAAGAGAACCUCAAGCAGUUCAGCCAGUCGGAUACAAUUGAGAGGGAUGGAAGCGCGAUGACCAAUUUCUUCUGCACGACAUGCGGAUCGCUCAUGUACCGAAGGUCUUCGGCUUAUACAGGAGUUAGUAUCCUGAGAGGGGGCACAGUUGAUGAUUUUAAGCUUGUGGAAACGGUGCUGAAGCCAGAUGUUGAGCAAUUCU